GCACUGGGGCCCUCAGUGUCGCGCUAAAGCGCCAGGUUUCCGGCACGAGCGGGAACGACAGUCCCAGAGCUCCUCGCGACAGGCGCGGAAGCCAGCGGCGGCCGUCCGGGACUCCGGUCCCGGCCGGUGCGCAGACCCCGGGGCGUGUCACGCCUGCGCGAGGGAAGGGCCGGCUCUCUGGCCGCCGGCCGCCUCGGCCAGAGCGCGCUCUAGCGCGGGCGUUUCUUAGUUUUGCGCCGGGGACGGGCGCCUCGUGUCGGGAGACAGUAGCCAUGGGAAGAGUUGGAGGCGUGUCUCCCACCGGGCAGUGGGUGCACCGGGCGCGGGGCCCCACCUGUGACCCAGCAGCUUCGUUUGUGCAUUACUCCGUGCGGGGCCUCGGCGUGUGUAACUGUCACUUAGUCCUCUCGGGGACCCUUUGUAGAGCACACAUCGGGACCAUGGAAUUGAAAGGGAGUGGUUAGACCGUCUUUGAUCUCACAUUCAAAGUGGCCAGCAGCAUCACCCCAUUUUCUCACCUACAAACCCAGCUGGGACGGUGCCGCAGCGUGAAGGAGUUUGAGAAGCUGAACUGCAUUGGGGAAGGCACCUACGGCAUUGUGUAUAGGGCCCGGGAUACCCAAACGGAUGAGAUUGUCGCCCUGAAGAAAGUGCGGAUGGACAAGGAGAAGGAUGGGGUCCCCAUCAGCAGCCUUCGAGAGAUCACGCUGCUCCUUCGCCUCCGCCAUCCGAACAUCGUGGAGCUGAAGGAGGUGGUGGUGGGGAACCACCUGGAGAGCAUCUUCCUGGUGAUGGGUUACUGUGAGCAGGACCUGGCCAGCCUUCUGGAGAACAUGCCGACACCCUUCUCUGAGGCCCAGGUCAAGUGCAUCGUGCUGCAGGUGCUCCGGGGCCUCCAGUACUUGCACCGGAACUUCAUCAUCCACAGGGAUCUGAAGGUCUCCAACUUGCUCAUGACGGAUAAGGGCUGCGUGAAGACAGCGGAUUUCGGCCUGGCCCGGGCCUAUGGCAUCCCGGUGAAGCCAAUGACCCCCAAGGUGGUCACCCUCUGGUACCGAGCCCCUGAACUGCUGCUGGGGACCACGACACAGACCACCAGCAUCGACAUGUGGGCCGUGGGCUGCAUCCUGGCCGAGCUGCUGGCCCACAAGCCCCUUCUCCCCGGCACUUCCGAGAUCCACCAGGUGGACCUGAUCGUACAGCUGCUGGGGACGCCCAGUGAGAACAUCUGGCCGGGCUUCUCCCAGCUGCCACUGGUCAGCCAGUACAGUCUGAGGAAGCAGCCCUACAACAACCUGAAGCACAAGUUCCCGUGGCUCUCGGAGGCCGGCCUGCGCCUGCUGAACCUUCUCUUCAUGUACGACCCCAAGAAAAGGGCGACGGCCGGCGACUGCCUGGAGAGCUCCUACUUCAAGGAGAAGCCCCUGCCCUGCGAGCCGGAGCUCAUGCCCACCUUCCCUCACCACCGCAACAAGCGUGCUGCCCCGGCCGCGUCCUCAGGCGCUGAGAGCCAGAGCCGGCGCUGCAAGCCCUGAGGGCGGGGGCCCCUGGGGCCCGGCCUGUCGCUCGGCCAGGACCGACCAGCUGCCCCAGCUGACUGCACCGCUUCCUGCACCUCCUCUGCCCACCGCUGCCCCAGAACGGCAGGGUGGGGACACGGGGGGAUGCCAGUGGGUGCGCCCUGCAGGCCCAGACACCCUGAGGCUGGCCUGCCGGGCGCCACCUGGUGGCUCUGUCGUCUCGUGGCUCUGCCAUCUGGUGGCUGGGCUGGGUCCACCUGUUGCCAAGCCCUCAGACACUCACUUCCCAGGAGGAAACUUGGCUGGGCCCAUCUCAGGAGGUGUCUCUGGCUUGGGACAAGCCGACCCACAUGGUCACUUUUGUCCCCACUUGAUCCCCAGGGUCUGCCUGGGAAGGGAGAGGCUAUGGUGACCCCCCGCUGGGGCUGCAGGACUCAGUGGGAAGGGGGGGUGGGGGGUGGGGUGCAGCCAGCUUGGUGGACUGGAGUGUGGGCAGCUCUGAGCCCACCAGAGGGACGGCCUUGGGUUGGGGGCUGUGCCCCGUCCCCACUCCCCACUGAGCCCCCUGGGGAGGGGCAUGGUUGGGCCUCGGAGAGAUAAACGCUUUCCUCACAGAC